AUGCUAGUCCUACUAUGUGAGCUUCUGAAGUGUCACAGUCCAAUGGGCUCCUGGUGCCAGGUGGUUCAGGACAACGGAGUCCUCUUCCCAAAGUGUGUGUGUCCUAAGACCUGCCCACGGUAGGACCACACCACUAACUUCAUUCAGUUGUAUUCAAGUGAAACAGAAACGUGCAUUACACUGACUACAGUAUUAGUCAUCAUGCUUGUAAUUACUUGUGUGUGCAGGCAGGGGGCACCAGUGUGCAGUGUUCUGGGAAAGACCUAUGGGAACGAGUGUCUGUUGCAUAGAGAAGCCUGCCGCAAGAGACGUCACAUUGGAAUGGCUCAUAUAGGGCCCUGUCUGGGUAGGAUACACAAACACACACAGUACUGCAGUACUGUACCUACAUAAUAAGCCUUCUUCAAGUCCAGUUUCCACUUCAUGCUUGCUUAUGUUUGUUUCCAAGUUCCCAAGGCAAACUGCACAGAGGAGGAGUAUGGCCAGUUCCCAUACCGCCUCAUGGACUGGUUCCUCCUAUUGAGUCGCAUGGGAGAGUCCUACGCCCCCUACUCCCCGCCCCAGAGCUGCCUGAGCCACGCCCAGCGCUCCCAACUAGCCCAGGUAACAGACAAGGCAGAGGAAUAGGGCUGGGCAACUCUGGUCCUGGAGGGCUGCAGUGUUCGCAAGCUCUACCGCACCUGAUUACACUUAUCACUAACUAAAUUAAAGAGCACUUUGGCACAAGAGCACUAUGAUUUGUGUUGUGGUAUGAAAUUGUUACAGUUACCGGGAGCAGAUGUCAUUUAAGGUUAAAAAGCUCCUGUGUAGCUUAUUGUGUGGGCUUCCACUACUCGGAAUGAGGGGGCAUUCAGGAACCCCAGUAUAAAUAGACUUAGUCAAUAAUCACUAAAUUAUUAAAUAAGAAAGAUAACUGGGUGGUAAUUUAUAUCCUCAUCCCUGCCUUCCUGACCUGUCGCCCUACCUUUAUCUAUUCAACAAACCACAUCUUUAACCCUCCCUCCCUCUCUAGACUCUGUCCAUCCUCCUUUUAGGUAAAUUGGCAUUAGGAGAGCCUGAGCUGUAUAGCUCAUUCUUGUCAUUCAAUAUUCCUCUACUUAGAUGUCUCCUCUCUCUCCUGAAUUGUAUAGCAGAGGUUUGCCCUGCUGGACAAGAACAAGGAUGGAAAGCUGAGCCGGAGGGACCUGAGGAAGUUACGCUACAAGAGAAUGCCUCUAGAGCACUGUGCUACCUCCUUCUUCCAGUGA